CUUCUUAAAGCAAAACAAGAGAGUUCACAAAGGAAGAGAGAGAAUCAUGAGUCAGUGUGUUGUACCCAACUGGAAUCUACGACACCAACGACAAGAACAAGUCGGAGAUGAAGAAGGAAAAAGAUCCUCUCACGUGCACAACAAACACCAAAAUCCUCCUAUUCCCAUGUCGAAUUACGAAGUUACUGAACUUGCAUGGGAGAACGGUCACCUAGCCAUGCAUGGGCUUGGUGGGCUCACUCGGCUUACAUCAACAAAACCCAUGUUUCAAACUGGCGGCACACUCGAGUCUGUGGUCCAUCAAGCCACCCACCAUAAGAGCAUCCCGAAUUCAGCUGACUUUCGCUGUAACCCAGAAAACAUAAACUCGGUGGUUGCAUCAUCUGGUGGGAAAUGGGCUGAAAAUUCUAUGGGCUCCGAUCCAAUGACAAAGCGUACAAAGCCAGGCUCCAGCCCACGACGAAAACAGUGUAUUAAUGACAUUCUUGAUGGGCAGGUGAAUAGCACCCGCACGACAUCCUUCCAGGAAACUGAUACCAAUACAAUGACAUGGGCGUCUUUCGAAUCUCCUGGCAGCAUGAAAACCAGGACCACCGACCAAGACUCAGCUUGCCGCAGUGAACCGCGAAGCUUAGAUGAAGAACCAGAUAAUAAAACUGAAACUGGACGAUCUUUCUCAACGAGGAGAAGUCGAGCUGCUGCAGUUCACAAUCAAUCAGAACGAAGACGUAGAGACAGGAUCAACCAAAAGAUGAAAGCUCUCCAAAAGCUUGUACCCAAUUCAAGUAAGACUGAUAAAGCAUCAAUGCUCGACGAGGUGAUCAACUAUCUAAAGCAACUUCAAACGCAACUUCAUAUGAUGAGCCUUGGGAACAUGCCACAGAUGAUGAUGCCUCUAGGGGUACAACAUCAUCUCCAAAUGUCGCUAUUGGCACGUAUGGGCAUGGGCAUGGGACUUGGAAUGGGGAUGGGAAUGCUAGACAUGAGCAGCAUCAAUCGUCCCACUCAGCCCAUUCCUACAAUCCUCCAUCAAUCCAGUUCGCCGGCAACAGCAGCGGCUGUGACUGCCUCUUUUGUUCCACCCCCUUUCUUAAUACCUUCCCUAAUGCCGGCUCAAUCAACUACGAAUGUGAACUCAGAGCUUGCUGCCAAUCACCCGAUACCUUUGCCUAAUCCAUACUCUGCCUUCUUAACACAGUCAAUGAAUGUCGAUCUCUACAACAAGAUGGUCGCACUCUACCGCCAACAAAUCAAUCAGAACACACAAGGUAGUGCUCCAACACAAGCUAACGGUGCACCACAUGACUAGGAACAACGUCGGAUCUUGGCAAAGGGUUGACUCAAGAUGGCAUAAAGUGGUCGUAAGAAGUUGGAUCAAUUUCUUUAGUGCAAUGUUGUAAUAAUUUAUGUGAGACAUGCCACUAAAUUUUAAACUUCUUGUAUCAUGUGUAUAAUUAUCAACUGGAGCGCAUGUACCGUUUGUUUCCAGUUCA